AUGACAAAAACUCUCCUUUUUUUUAUUUUUCAAGUGUUUGCAAUAUGUGUCAAAAAUGUUAAAUCAGUUAAUCAUAAAAAAUCUUUUACAAUAAACCAUGUAAAUAUACCGGUAGGUUUGCGGACGAACAAACAUAGGAAGUUUGCAUACGUAGACUUGAGGAGGAACAAGUCCGAAGAGGGGAGGAGAAAUCUGUUGGAGGGGAAUUUAUCUAGGCAGAAAUGCCCCCUGAGGAAAGUUAGUUUGAAGGGUCUUAUAGGUGUUACUGGUAUUUCAAUUCCUUUAUUUUUAGCUAGCUUAUUGAUAUAUAAUAAAUUAAGAUUUGAUAAUAAGAAUUUAAGUGAUGCUGAAAAGAUCAUGGGAAAGUAUUUAUAUAAACAUGAAAAAAAUUUAUUUUUUGGGAAUAAUUAUGAUGAUGAAAAACCAUAUAAUAUAUUUUAUAUAAUUAGUAAUAUAUAUAAUAAUGUGAUAACGUUUAUUAAUUUUUAUAUAAAUGUAAAAAAGGUUUGUACUAAAGAAAACGCAAAUGAAUAUACGAUAUUAUUUUUCCAUUCUUAUAAUGUAGAUAAAUUCUUACGUGCACGAAAUAUUAAAACAUAUGCUGAUAGAUUAAAAGACAUAUAUAAAGAGAUUAAUAAAAACAAUAAUGUGAAUGUAGUUUAUGUACCCUUAGAUAGUAAACUGUUAUUUAAUAUAAAACAUUUUAGCAAUAUGAACAACUGGUAUAGUGUAUUAUUUCAUGAUAAAAGACAUAUUUUAAAAUUAAUUAAAAAUUAUAAUAUUAUGAAUAUUCCUACCAUGGUUUUAUUAGAUAAAAAUAUGAACAUUAUAAAUGAUAAUAUAAAUUAUUUAUUACUAUAUGAAAGUAAACAUUUUCCCUACAAAAACGUGAACAAUUUUACGUAUAUAAACCACUUAUAUGAUAAAAAUAACAAUAAAUAUAAUUUCAAAGAUUUAAAUUCAGACUAUAUAGUUUUUUACUUUAAUAACGACAAAGAUAAUAAAGAAGAUAUGCAAUCCUUGUUAAGAAUAAAAAAAAAAUUAGCAAAAAAGAACAUAAAACUGGACAUUAUUUAUAUAAAAGAUAUGGAAAGAAAAAAAGGAGGUAAAAAUAAUAAGAGUAGUGCUGAUAAUGUUAUUGGUAGUUCGAGUAAAAAAGAUGAUCCGAGCGAGGGCACCAAGGAAGAACAUAACAAUGACAAUAGUAGUAGUAAUAAUAAUAAUGAAAAUAAAAAUAAUAUUAAUCACAAUAAUGGUGGUAAUGGUGAUAAUAAUAAUAAAAAUAAUAAAAAUGGUAAAGGAGAGAAAGAAGACAAGCAGGAUAACAGUAAUAAAGAGACAUUCUCGUUGAAUAAUGGAAAAUAUAGUGAUACUAACGAAGACAAAGGUAGUGCAAACUAUCUUGAUGAUGUGUACUAUUUAGGAAGUCAAGAAAAUAAUGCUAUUUAUAAACUUUUAUUAUAUGAUAUUUUUGAUGUUACAUUUAAGCCUGUAAGUAUUUUGGCUAAUAAAAAGGGAAAUAUAUUAAAUAAAUAUAUUAAUGUUAGUAAAAAAGAUAACGAAAUAUCAACAUUUAUUUUAAAUAAUCAUAAAAGUUUAAAUGAACAAGUUAAUGAAAAAAAUUAUAUGUUUAAAUAUGAUAAUAUUAGUAACUUGAGUAAUUUAAAUGUGUUUGCACCAAUUUUUAUCUUAUUUAGCGAAAAAUUAGAUUUUGAUUUAUUAAAUCAGUAUGAUUCACUAAUUGAAGAAUAUAGUAAAAAUAGAAAGGGAAAAAGAAUUAACUUUUAUUUUUUACUUAACGAGGAUAAAAAAUACGAAGCUUUAAAGAAACUUUGUUCAGUUAAUGAUACAACUCAAGUACUCAUAUUAGAUUUAUUCAACCAAAAAUUAUUUAAAGAAAAUAUUAAUAAUAUUAACAUUAUACAAAAGAUAAAUGGAAAAAGCGUGAUCAACAAAGAAAAUUUUUUUAAUUUUGUGAACAGGUACUACAAUGAUGAUUUGUACUCAUCUACUAUUGUUUUAACGAAGGAAGCAUAG